UACUCUCGGAAGUGAUUAAAAAUAGUACAGUUUAGUAGAAAGCCAACUGUGCGUUCCUCAAAGACGAGAGCUUUCGGUGCUCUUUUUGACUUGUCACGUCAGUCGAGCUUCCGCCGUGCGAAGAUUCUUCAAAAGAAACUGCUACCUUUCACAAGGCCUGGAAAUAUUCUAAUCUCACCUGCACGGUCAUUCUGCGUCGUUCCACGCGGAACUUGAGAGGGCAUGUUGGAAACGUCGUUCGACGUCAAGUCGGUUUAAAUGGUAUUUGCUCGUCGAUGGAUAUUUCCUCGGCCUUCAGGAGGAUUCUCUUUAUUUCAUAGUUGACCAGCAGUGAUACGCAUAUCGAACGAUGAGUAACGAAAACAUGCAGGUUCAUCCCGAGGAUGCGAUCGGGGACAUCGAACUUCCCCCGCCGAUACGAAAUUCCAGUAAACCAUGCAUCAGCUAUUGGAUGGACAAGAUGAGCAAAGGGAUACUAUCAUGCACCCACUUCAAAGAACACUGGAGAAUCUGGGUUCCAAAAAUGUACAGUCCAGAGCCGAACGACAAUUGUCUGGAGUGGUGUUUUGACGAGAUAGAAGCUCACGACAUACUCUUCGAUACCCUGGAAGAGUUUAUAUGCAAUGGCAAUCCACAAGAUGUCCUGAAAAAACUCAGUCAAAUGGACAACCCACCCUCCUUCUGCGGCAGAGUUUUCAAAAUGGGCGAGCCAACGUACAGCUGCAGGGAAUGCGGUUUGGACCCAACCUGCGUCUUGUGCGUGAAUUGCUUCAAGCAGUCGGCACAUCGUAAUCACAAAUACAAAAUGGGAACGUCGGGUGGGGGAGGCUGCUGUGACUGUGGGGACACCGAGGCCUGGAAGAACGAACCCUUUUGUGACAUACACCUGGCAGGAACUCAGGUUAAGAAGUCCCCUGUCAACAAGCUGCCGGAAGACGUCGUAGAGAGGGCAAACGUUACCUUCGAAGCGGUUCUAAAAUAUUGCUACGAACUAUUAUCCCUGGACCACACCCCGAGUCUACCCGCCGACCUGCGUCUUCAAGAGACUGAAGUGGACUUCCUCUCCCUCUCUUCGACAUCCGACACUUAUUGCACCGUUCUGUUUAACGACGAGACCCAUACCUUCGAACAAGUGAUAAGUACCCUAACCAGAGUGAUCAAGUGUUCCCAAAGGGACGCAGUGGAGUUUGUGACGAAUAUAGACCGCGAAGGCAGAGCCGUAGUGAAGUGUUCAGGUUUCCAGCACUGUAACGAGCUGAAGUCGGACAUUGAGAAGUUUACCUCCCGCCAUGGAAGUCGUCCCCUGAAGGUUCUAGUGGUCCACGCCCACGUGGUGGCCCACCAGAUGUUCGCCAUGAAGCUGCUGGCCUGGCUGCAGCACUUCAUCAGCCUCUGCGAAGGCUUCCGAAUACUCUUCAGCAACGUUGCCCUGAACACGAAGCUCCCCGAGAUCUCCAUCGUAGAGGGCAUCCUCAUGAGGGACUCGCAGCUGUGGAAGUCGGCUCGAUCGGCCUGGCACCGACUCUUCAUCUCCGGGAUGCUGAUGGAGUACGAAAGCAAGAAGGCUCUGGCCAUAGUGUUCACCAACAACUACGGUUCGGUGAUGAAGGACUUCAUAAGGGACGACCACGACCACUCGUUCUCGAUAGUGUCGCUCUCGGUGCAGCUGUUCACGGUGCCGACUCUCGCGCACCACCUGAUCGCCCACCACGACGUGCUGUUCAUCCUCCUGAACACGUUCAUCUCGGAGAGCUCCAGGCGGUGCAACGCGGCGGGGAAGCUGGAGUUCGAGAGGAACACUCCGAACACGUCCUUCAAAAGGGCUCAAUACGUCCUGUACGACCUGCGACACCUGCUCAGCGCCAAGCCGGACACCUGGACAGACGAGCUUCGACGCGGGUUCCUGCAAGGGGUCGCCCUGUUCCUGACGCUGCUCUGCAGCAUGCAGUGCAUGGAUGCGGUGCUCAGACAGGUCGGCCAGCACAUGGAGUACGAGCCCGAAUGGGAGUCGGCGUUCAACCUGCACAUUAAGCUCUCCCCGGUGAUCAGCCUCGUCCUGGAGUGGUGCGGCUCGGACAAGCUAGUCCUGGUGAAGGCGUUCAGACUGGUGUUGAGGAAGUUGUCCGAGCUGCCGGGAGACGACCCGGGGCCCGGGCAGAUCCGGGAACUGGGGAACCACUCGGCCAUGUGUCUGCAGUACGACGUAGCCUCCGAGCCGGUCUCCAUCCACCUGCCGCUCUCCAGGUUCCUGGCUGGCCUGUUCCUCUAUCUGGAACGGCACAACCUCUACUUCCAGAGCAACGAGUUCACAACCUCGAGCAAGCCGACUCCCGAGCAGAUCAUCGAGCCGGUCCUGAGGGCCCAGGCGAUGAUCUCCCAGGUACACGCCGGCAUGUGGAGGAGAAACGGGUACUCCCUGCUGAACCAGCUCUACUUCUAUCACAACGUCAAGUGCCGCACGGAGAUGCUCGACCGGGACAUCGUUCUCCUGCAGGUCGGUGCCUCGCUAAUCGAGGGAAGCGAGUUCCUCAUCCACAUCCUGAACAAGUUUAAUCUCCUGAACUGGGCCGACCCGAACUUCGAGGCCAACACCCUGAAGAACCCCGAGGAGGACAGCAUCCGACAGACUAUCAACCUGGUGGAGGAGUUCCUGGGGCUGCUGAUCACGAUUGUCGGGGAGAGACACGUCCCAGGGGUCGCGCAGGUCGACAACGACGAAAGGCUGAAGAAGGAGAUCAUCCAGCAGCUCUGCAUCAAGCCGCUCUCGCACUCGGAGCUGAACAAAACCCUGCCCGACAACGUCCAUGAGGAGACCGGGAUGGAGAGGGUGAUCGACCAAGUGGCGGACUUCAAGAAGUCGCCGCAGACCUCGAUGGGGAAGGGCGUCUACGAGCUGAAGCCGCACCUCUACUCGGAGUACAACGUCUUCUUCUAUCACUACACGAAGGAGGAGCUAAGCAAGUCGGAGGAGGCCCAAAGGAAGCGGCGAAAAGCCCUGGGGGAGCUGGAGUGCUGUCCACCUCCGAAGCUCCCGAAGCUAACGAAGGCGUUCAACCUGGUGGUGAACCUCCUCCAGUGCGACGUCAUGAUGCACAUCAUGCUGACGGUACUGGAGCGGGCGCUCAACCUGAAGGCCAGGAGCUUCUCCGAGCCGCAGGUGCACAAGGUCCUGCACCUGAUCGGCUACGCCCUGCAGGAGGAGCAGUCAGGGUACUAUCCGUUCUUCGACUUUACGGAGUGGGCGGCCAAGUGGAGCGUCUACAACCUGUUGAAGGACCUGUCUACGAGCCCUCGGGUGGAGGCCCACAAGGACCUGCUUACCUGGGUGCUGGCCAAGUGGGCGGAGGUGAACCCCUCCGUGGCGGAGUCGACCAAUUCCGAGACCACCAGCUCGUCUCCGGCUGAUCAGACCUCCUACCUGGCCGCCAACAAAACCACCAAGGAGUGGAGGACCAAGAUGGCCGCCCAGAAGCGGUCGAAGAUCAUGGCGCAGAUGGCAGCCAUGCAGAAGUUCUUCAUGAAGAAGAACGCCAAGCUGUUCGAGGAGGCAGCGGCGGACGUGAACCGGAGCAGCGACCGGGGGACCAACAUGGACCUGGGGGAGUUCACGCAAGAAGAGUCGGUGGCUCUGGGGAAGAGCCAGACGAGGCGGAUGUGCGAGGAGAAGGCCUACACCUGCAUCCUGUGCCAGGAGGACCAGACGGUGACGGCGUCGGGCCCGGCCAUGGUCCUGGCGGCCUUCGUUCAGCAGUCCACCGUUCUCUGCCAAAACAGGGCCAACACCGAGGAGGCGGACCCGCUGUUCCUGUCGUACAAGCUGGGCGCCUCGCCGCACACCAGCACCUGCGGCCACGUGAUGCAUGCCAAAUGCUGGCAAAAGUACUUCGACAACGUCCUCGCCAAGGAGAACCGCCGACCGUACCGGUUGAGGCAGCCGGCCAGCUUCGACGUGGAGAAGCACGAGUACCUGUGCCCGCUGUGCGAGUGCCUCAGCAACACGGUGCUGCCUCUGCUGCCGGCCAUGGGAACCAUCCAGCCCUCGACGUCCAACCAGGAGGAGAUGGGCUUCAGCGAGUGGCUGCAGUCCCUGCGCGCGAUCCUGGACUGUAAGACGAAGGGAGGGACCAAAUCCGCGACAGGUGAGGUCGCCGAGAAGAGCCAGGACCGGGGCUCCAAGUCGGAGGAGGAGGUGCAGACCAUGGAGGAGGACUCGAAGGGGCGGCAGAGCCCCACCUCGGAGGAGAUCGCCUACCAGGAGCUGGGCAUCCCCAGUGCCGACGUCUUCUCCAUGUACAACCAGCCGGGUCCGACCCUCUCGAAAAACCUGGUGUCCAUGGUGCAGCUGUUCGCUCAGGCGACGUACACCAAGGGCCUGGGGGUCGAGCCCCACGAGGGCGACUCCCGCGUACCCUUGCUCACCUGGAAGUCGACAGCGUAUACCAUCCACGCGAUCGAUUUUAUUCUCCAGGACACCGAUAAGCCGCUCCUAGGGGCCCUCUCCUCCAGGCAACGGGACAGUCUCGAGGGCCUCGCCCGGAUCGCCGCCAUACUUGGGUCCACGUUCCCUAACGGCGGUUCUGGGAACUCCUCCUCGAGCACCGAGAACGUCGUUGGGAAUCACGCUCUCGCCUUGCUGACGAUGCUGCUGGAGAACCCCAACGACGACGCCAGCGUCCUCCACUGGGACGCCUUCGGGGUCCUGGUCCCGUUGGUCGUCUCCCUGCCGAACCUCUUCCACAUGGAUACUUCGACGCCGCCCCCGGUCAUCACCGGCGGCGUCUCCGAGUCGCACGCCCUCUACCUGGUCUUCGUGUCGCUCAUCGUCAAGAUCCUUCUCACCAUGGACCUCGAGCGGAACGAGCCCAUGGAGGUGGACGAGCCCGCGGCGGAGGAGGCCCCUGCGAGCUACGCUUCCCUUCUGGCCUUGUGUAAGACUUUGGGACUAAAGGUCGAGGAACACGCGGCCCCGGCCCUCUGGCGCAGGGUCAAGGAGUCUUGCAUGCCCUUCCUCAGGUGCUCGGCCCUCUUCUUCCGGUACGUCACCGACGUCCCCGCCCCCGCCGAGCUCACCAGGAAGGGCGAGGACACCUACGAAAACAUUUGUAAAUACUUGGGGCUGCCGGUUACCUGCAGUGACCUCCUGGACGCGCGGCUCGACGACGUCCUCAAGCUGGCCGCCACCUGGAGGAGCAAUCCCACGGUAGAGGCCUACCUCGCAGACGAGGACUGUAUACCGGUCAGCAAGGACCCUCUCAGGGUGAACAAGCUGGUGGAGCUGCCGGACGACUACAGCGAGCUCAUCAACACCGUCUCCCUGUUCAUCUGCCCGAACAGCGACCGCGAGGACUCCAGGAACCCCACCAUGUGCCUCGUGUGCGGGGAGAUGCUCUGCUCCCAGAGCUACUGUUGCCAGACCGAGCUCAACAAGACCAUGGUGGGCGCGUGCACCUAUCAUGCCAGCAAGUGCGGCACCGGGGUCGGCGUCUUCCUGAGGGUCCGCGAGUGCGAGGUCCUCUAUCUGAGGAGCCCCAACAGGGGCUGCUUCGUGCGGCCUCCCUACCUAGACGAGUACGGCGAGACUGACCAGGGUCUCAGGCGGGGGAACCCCCUCAGGCUUUGCAGGGACCUCUACAGGCAGCUCAACCAGGUCUGGCUCAGCCACGGCCUCCACGAGGCCAUCGCCAGGGCCAUCGAGUCGUCCAGCAACCUCAUGUCCACCCAGUGGCACCACUUGUAACCCGGCUCGGAGACACCGGACUCGUUUCCGCGGACUCCAGGGUGGCGACCACCGGACCCGGGUCAGAGUAGGACGACCUUCUUCGGGGCUCAUCCGGAGGCCCGCGCUUUCUUAUAAAUUCUGAGCUCGCCGCACCGACAAGAGGGGAAAAAUCAACCUCCGAGGGCACCUCCAGGUCGCGGUCUUCGAAUCGUCCAGGAAUCUCGGCUCCACCAGGUGGCAUCGCGAAGGAGAGCCCGCUCGAGUCGAAGGAUGGCGUUUUCUUCGAAAUCUUGCGCUCACCGUACUGGAAGAGGAAGGAAUUAGUCGUUCUGAUCUGAUCUGAACCACCGGCGAACGGCGUCGCUCUUCAGGGACCUCUUCGAGGGGCUCGACAAGGCCCGACCCAGCCACGAAGUCGUCCAGCGAUAUCGCCCCACUGGCAUCGUUGGACCUCGCGUUUCCUUCCAAAUUCUAGUUAUUCGCCGUACUAAGAAGGAAAUGAUUAAGGUGAUAUAAAACUGUCGUAUAUGCAUAUGACAAAGUCAGGAUAUUUAUAAAACCUUUCUCCAAACUGUGUGGGCCGAAUAAUUUGUAACUUUAACACGCUAUUAUGGAAGCUCAAAUAAAGGCUUUAAAACUCACGAAAUUUGAUUUUCCGAGAAAAAUCGUUUCUUCUUGAAAAUCAAAUUUCGUGAGUUUCAAGACCUUCGUUGGAACCUCCUUGAUCACGUUGGAAGGUUUCAAAUUAUUCGGUACGCCCAAUUUGGAGAAAAGUUUUGUAAACAUUUUAACGUUUCGAUAUGUUUGGAAUGACCCUUUCGUAUCGCCUUAAACUUUGGCCUCUUACGCGUUUUAUAGGUUAGGUUGCUUACUUUAAUUAAUGUCGAGGUACAAUUUUACCUCUCGUGGUAAAUUUCGUCUUCUGUUACGAUCUCUUCGCCCCGAAGCGAGCUAGGACCACUUUGCGCCGUGACGCUAACCUUUGCGAUUGGCCGAUCACCCUGAAGAGGACUAGAGCCACUCUACGGUGCGCGUUAUACAUAUAUUACCAAAUAUUAAUGAAAUUACGAUUUACCGAUAUGCGAGCGUAGCUUCUAGUAUUACAUCGUCGAGGGAGAGCGUCCUUUCGAAUUCGUCUUACGGGAUGCGCGAAUCAUGGAAGAUUAUUUAUUUCGAGAGGCGGGCUAGUUUGUAUAUUGAAAGUGAAAGAGAGAGAGGGCGACGCCGCGUCGCGCGUCGCAGAGGGGGAAAGAGAGAGAGAGAGAGAGAGAGAGAGAGAGAGUGACGGAAAGUGUCGACGACAUCACAAUUUCCAUUUAAUUCAGGGUUCGCCCAGAGACCCCUUUCGAUUGUCGUGUAAAUUAUUCUGGAGCCAUUAAACAUUGAUUUAUAAUUACUAAUGAGAGUGUCUCUGAGUUUUUGUUUAUAGAUUCGCCGAGGCGAUUUCGUAAUGGCGGAUCCUCGUUGGGGGGCCUAGACGUGCGCUCGCGCACAAUGGCUCCGACGACGUGCGAGAGUCGACUGAUCGAUUUAACGGAUUUACGCGCUUAACGAACGAUUAAUGACUAUUAAGUGGUGAUUAUUGUAAAGAGCCCGCUCGGGUCGGCACGAGCGGCCAAGUGCGGACGCACCGGCUGUUAGUGAUUAUUAAUUAAACACGCGCAAGUGUAACGUCGGCGAUAACCUAACCUCGAAACCUCGACAUGUACAAAGGAAACGUUUCGUGCGAUCGUACGCAUGUGCGUGUUUCUCGCUUAGACCAUCUACUUCUUUUUUCUCCCCUGUUUUUAUUUUAUAUCAAACAUCACCCUCUUUUUUAGUACCUAAUCAUGUUACAUAUAUAUAGAUUUUAUUUCGUACGAUACUUCUUUUACUCGUACCGGUAGAGUUGUUAGAGAAGAGAGAGAACGAGAGACGGGCCAAGUUUCCUUGCGUGGCAAAGAAGUUGUAUCCCACUCUGGUCGCAAUGUUGUUGUAUCUCGGGUUUGCGUUCGGGGGUGACCGUCUGUGAUUUAUCGAUUUAUGUACACCUAUCCAAAGCGGAUGCCAGACCAUACGAGGAAUUCCGUUUAAAUUUGUACACUCUGUCAUAGAUUCCAUAGAAUUCGACUCGUGCGUCUAGCGUAGAGAGAGUCCUCGAAUGCAUCGAGAUGUCUUGUCGUUUUUGAUUUCAAAGCAAUCUUAUUAAUCCAUUUUCUUAGGUUUUGACUUUUGUUGCGACGUGAUUUAUACAUAAGUUUGGUAACGAUUCUGUGAAUAGCGACGGUAGAUUAAUGAAUCAUCUUUAGAGGUUUGUUUCAAAACAAUGUUUCUGUAAAAAUGCUUCGUUAAUGAAAAAGUAUCUAAUAACUGUCCGACUAGCUAAUUACUUUUUAAUGUAGAUUUCGUUGUAUUUGGUUUAAGUGCCUCGCACUCGGAAGGGAGUUUGACUCGACGGUUAAGAUAUGACGGUAUUGCCGCCAAAGUGUGGCGUGUAAUUAAAGAGGAAAAGAGAAAAAGGAACGAAUUAAACUACAGAAAAUGCGUUUUCAUGACUAGUACUGACUUUGAGCCGCGCUGGGGUAAUUACGACGUACUUGCGAAAGGUUGGUUCUCAUUAUCUUCACCGUGUUUUUGGCACAAUGGUAGUUGAACGUUUAUUUGCAACCACCACUCUUUGCAGAUGUACCCUGUGACUCGUGUCGUCUAAGGCCAAAGGGCACAGGAAAUUAAUAAAGUCUGCUUAAUUGUCUCGGUAAGACCAACGAUAAAAUAUUCUUUUCAGUAGAUGUAACACGCUGCUGGCUGUACCUACUGCAACUCGCUUUUGCACAGCCUCGUCCAUCACCUAACAAGACGUACUAACUGGACUCGUAACGAAACUUAAUUCUAACGAAUUAAAUUAAUUUACUCCUAAGUCUUUCACGAUGAAAUAUUUAUUAAUAAUGUUUAUUUGACUAGUAAUAAAGCUAGUGUUUCUGCGUACGAACGCCGUAUAAAAGACUUUGACAUUUCUAUGACUCGGUGUGGAUCUGGUAGAGUUAAAAUAAAAGAUGUUAUUCGGA